AUGCAAUCACCACUUCGCUUGAUCCAUCCAACUCCCUCAGGGACUAGUCUCGGAAUGUGUGCCACCGCUUCAUCGACCUCCUUUAGCACACUCGAUAGUGACGAUGAAGGACACACUCAUCCCCAACCGUCAACAACCCUCAUUGCACACAACCAUCCUUUAACUCUCCAAUCAUUGGCCACUCCUGUCAUGGUUCCAGUCUCUCCAUCGUCAGAACCCAAUCCAACACCAUCCGUUCCAUUGUUAUUCACAAAUUCCAUGAAACCACCAUCAGGUACUUUGGACAUUCCAUCAGCAGCAGCGGAUCCAAGUACAGGUUCUUUUGCAUCAUCAUCAACCAUUCCAGUUCCUCCUCCUCCACUUCCAAGUACAAACACAACAACAACCACAUCAACAUUUCAACCACUACUUCCUAAACAAUCCUCAAAGACUUUUAACAAGGCAGCUCUCAAUAUUCAAAUUCCUCCUCCCACUCCUCUACCAAUGAAUUUUCGAGUGAUCCAAUCUCAACCCACCAUGAAUCCUAAAACGAAUAACGAAUUGAGUUGUAGUAGUAGUAGUAAUCUCUCAUCGGUUUCAAGUGUGAGUUCUCCUUCGACAGUGUACAGUGUUAUUGGUGGAGGAGCAUCUCGACCAACCAUAGAAUCUGGACUUAUUGAGAAUAUUACUUCAAAAAAGAAGAGAGGAACCACUCGAGAGAAUAUCAUUCUCAUGGAUUCGAUUUUACGAGAACGUAGAGACAUUUUCUAUGCCAUGUUAAAUAAUGUCUCAAAAAUUAGAAUUUACAGAAAAAACAAAUCGAAAAAGAGUAAGACAACAACAAAGCCGACGGAUUCAACGUUGGUUCAAGGAGGAGGAGGUACAGCAACAACAACAAGUCAUCCUCUCACAAGUGUUUUAUCUGAUCGUCACCAUGCAUCCGUUGUAACAACAACAAUGAGUCAAAAAAAGAAAUCCUCAUCUUCCAUUGAUACUGGAAAUGAAUAUGUUGUGAAAUUAAAUAAUGGACUCAAGUGUGAAGCAUAUGAAAAGAGCACGACUGAAGAAAUGGAACUCUAUGGUCACAAACGACAAUUUAAAAUCUCCAUGUACUACACACAAAAUGAAAUGGAUCGUGCAGAAUCAGACAUGAUGGAUCCAAGUCCAUUGAUUCGUGAGGAUCGAUUUACAUUUCUUGAUCAACUUCGUGGAUUGAAACCAAGUAUUCAAACCUAUCGAGUGAUUGAUCUUGUUCAUCCCUAUCACUUGUUUACGACUGAAUUGGAAAUCAUUGAACCAAAAUCAGGCCGUUUGUUGGGUCGAGUGUUAAAAAAGACCUUAUUGAAAACACAUUAUUUGAUUCAAACAGUUGAAGGCAAGAUGGAGAACGACAAGCCCAAAUAUAAUACUCUGUUCACAUUGUACAAACAAAAGAAGAAAGAACACCAUUCGAGGGGAAAGGAAGAUGGAGUGAAAAAAACAACACUGCCUUCAUUGGUGAGCAGCACCAACGGUCACACCACAAACACUGUGGUUGAAACAGCUCAGACGAAGAAGCUUCAAAAAGUGUUGGACUUUUUCGUAGUAUUUAACUUGAACGAAGAUGUUGUUGCAACCAUUACAAGAAAGUGCAAUCCUGACUAUGAGAAGAAGGGAUAUUUUGCAGAUUAUCAUAAGGUGCACUUUUUGUUUGAAACAACUCCCUAUGAAAGAACAUUGAUGCUUUCAGCUGUGUUUCUGCUUGAUAUCGAACAUUUCGGAAAUUAA